AAUUAGUAGUCACUAGCUCAUAUAAAAACAAAAGUAUUUGACUCCAGAUAACAUGGAAGACGAUAUACGGUACAGAAUGCUAUUAGAAAUAAAUCAUAUGAAAUAAUCAGAGAAAACCUGAUGCAAAUGACAAAAUGAGUUACAAAGAUUACAUGUUUACCAGUAUAAUGUAACCAAUGCUAAACCCAUCAGAAAAAUGUGCGUACCGGUAAUCAAAAUAGGACUGAGAGAUUAAUUUCAUUCAACUCCAUAAAUCGAUGAUCAUAAGAGCAAUAUCUGAGUCUCAUUGAGACAACAAAACUUCCUUAUUUUCACCUCAUCAAAAAAUGAUUUAACAUUUUGAGUCCAACAAAUGUAAUUUACCAUCAAUUUAGUCCAGCAGAAAGUGCCAAGCGAAUCAGAAAAAUCACGUAAAAAUAGUAUUAAUUUAUGUGAUACUAAACUUAAGUGAACAUCAAUGAUUAGCCAUGUAUCAUCUUAAUCAUUGAUUUUAUAAUUUAAAUUCUUUUAUCAGUUUGUACCGGCAACAUAUUUUUAUCAAAAAAAGUCGAACCUUUUUUUGCGAGACUUCUCAUAACAAUGAAAUUUUAGUUCAAAGAUAAGAUGGUGAGUUGAAAAAAAUGUUCUUUUUUUAUGUUUCAUUAUUUCGGAUGAUAAUCGGUCACAUCAAUUUAUUUUUGUCUCAUUUUACAUGGAAAGAUAAGGCAUAGUGAGACGAAUAUUUUUUGUCUGAGAAACAACACUUGAAAAUUUACUCAAGAUAUGCUAGAGGUUUUCAAAGUUCUCCCCAAGUAAAUUUGCUGGAAUGAUUCGAAUUAUCCCGUCCCAUUUUGCUUCAAUGAUCUGAAUUACAACAGAUGACUAGAUUUUAUAUAAAGAUUUUAUAUUGCCCAUGAUCUUUCCGUUGAUGCUGAAGCAAAUGUUCAGUUAACAGAUAUUUGAUGCAUCGAAUGAGAAAAUAAAAAAUAAAAAAAAUCCUUGUUAAUUAAUAUUUGAUUAAAAACGAAAAGGUAUUUAAAUAUUCGAAAGAUGAACGUGUAUUAACAUUUGGGGAAUCAUUUGUUGCUGGUAGUGAUGAAUCACAUUUUUGUAAACCAACUGAUGUUGUUACAUCAAAUGAUGGUUCAUAUAUAUAUGUUGCUGAUGGAUAUUGUAAUGCUCGUAUUGUUAAAUUUAAUGCAAAAGGAAAUUUUCUAAAAGAAUAUUCAAUGCCUGACAGAGAACAACAACUUAUUAUUCCACAUAGUAUUAUUAUUAUUGAAGCACUUGAUCUUGUUUAUGUUGCUGAUAGAGAAAAUGGACGGAUUGUUUGUUUUGAUGAUGGAAAUGAUGAUGAUGAAACAAAUGAAUAUGAUCAAGAUCAAGUUAAAACUAUAAUUGAACAUCCAUUAAUGAGAACUGUUUAUGCUAUUCAUUAUGAUAAUAAUAAACGUAUGUUUUAUUUAAUUAUUAUUAAUACUAUUAAAUAUAUUUGUUUGAAUAAAUCAUGCAUGUCAAACCUGAAAAUUUACUUCAACUAUUCAGUUAUUCAAUAA